CCCAGGGGAGGGAGACUUGGGGAGCGAUCUUCGGGACUGUACGGUCUUUUCCCACUUUAUUUUUUCAUAAUGAAGACCAAUAUAAGUGUUUUAACGACUUGCGUUCAAGCGAUUUUACAUUUGUUGUACUUCAGAUAACUUUUCAGUAACUCGUGGCCAUACGUAUAUAUUUAAAUUUUUCGGCAUUCGCGAGAUUUCGUUUCAGAAUGUUUCUGAUUUUUUAACUUAGGCGUAGAACUCGUGAAUAACACGUUUUUAGAAUGUGGCAAAUAUAUAACCUGUUUUAGAUGCGUAGCAGUUGAAAAGGUCACAAUUUUGGUCGGCUGCAGAAACUACACGUGAUUUGUACUCAUUAUUUAAGUAGUUAUAACACGUCAACUUGCAACAGAUAUACUGGAUUAGUUAAACAUUUGAAGAAUUCGAAAACCUCCAGUCUCAACUUAAUGGUGGCGUUUUUGUUGAAAGUUGUGUCGCCGCGGAGCCUAUAAAAGUUACUGUUGCAUUUACGUCCAUAUACUGUAUGGUUGGCUUUCAUCUUGGAAUCCGUCUUAUCAACAUCAACCUGACUUGGUUCCUCUCCGUUUCUUAAUUUCGACAAAGCCUCCCGUUCGUUUUGAAACCUCAGGCUGUAUGCUACAGCGUGGUGGGGAUAUGUUCACAAUGUCCAGCGUAAAGACCAGUAAGGGGAUUUGCUUUUGAGGUACUUUAGCAACUUGUUGCAUCUGGAGUCCCUCGGUGAGAUUUUACAAAUGUGUUCCUGAUCUGAAAAUGUCACAUGGAAUACCAGUAUAUUGGAUACACUUUUUUAACCAAGCGUGUCUGUAACUGUGGUGCUGAAAGAGAUUUGGCCGCGGAAUGAAGUAGCAACAUUGUUGCAAAAGGUUUAUUGAAGUCUCUUGCCAGUGGUUGAAGAGUGCAAAACCAGCCGUGUUGGAUGUGUCCGGACUGAACCGCUGUCUAUGACAACUUCAACCUGAUUGUUAAAAAACAAGGACUGAGGCACUGUUUAUCUCAUGUAACGAUCGUGUUGAAUGUGAUGAGCGAAAUCAAAGUACUGAACUUCAGGCGACGCAAUUCAAAUUAUUGCUUUGAUGUUCUCGAACUUAUGCAAGCGAUGUCUGGCCUCUCCUGUUAGUGAUACCGGUUUACCACAUUAUCUAAAUUCUUAUAAGGCUAAGUAUGUUUUAUUUGUUUUGACGGUAGCAAUUUCAUAAUUUCGCAGCACGUUACGCGUUCUGAUUUUUCUCUUAUCAAAUAUGUGGGCAGCUUUUUUUGGCUUGUUAAUUAACUUGUUUGACCUGCAGUGAUAAGCCUGUGAGCAUGAAAACUUUGGAUUAAACCUGUUUUUUGAAUCAUUUCCACGGGGUCCUACCAUUUUUAAAACGCUAAGCGGAGGACCGGCAUUGGGCCUUAUAUAUUUUUUCCCCUGAAUCAACUCCGCUGGUUGCCAGCUUUGAAGUCCAAGAUGUGCGGCCGGAGCCCGCCGCUACAGCCGAUCCAAUGACCGUUCCCCAGCGGCGACUGGCCGGGCUCUGGCCGUGGCUGCUCAUGGCGGCCCUGCAGGUGGUGUUCGGCCAGACGGGCUUGGAACUGGCGGCGGCGGUAGAGACGGAGCGCUCGGACCCGAGGGCUGUCAUCAAGGUGACACUUCUGAAACACGAGCCCACGGGGAAGCCCAUCAUUCUGGAAGGGCUUUUCGUUGGAGGGAGCGCCGGUAAUGCAGAAGGGAAGCUCAUGCAGUCACACCCUCUGUCCCUGUGCAACACCAGUGAAGAUGAGCGCCCGGAGUCAGACUUUAUCACCAUCGUCAAGCUGGAGAGCCCAGAGCGCAAAGUGCCUCAGUGUCUUCCCCUGCUGGACAAGGCUCGUCUGGCACUGGAACGUGGGGCUCAGGCAGUCAUCUUUGACGUCACGGACGACGACACCGCCGUGUUCCAGCUGCGCCAGUCAGACUCCCUGCAACGUCCAGUGGUGCUGGUGCUUGCUGAGAACGCAGAGCAGCUUAUGGGACUGGUCAACAGGAACGAAGAGGCAAUAAUCCACAUUGACAUUAAGAGAGAGGACCCCAAAUUGCCCCACUACGAUGUUGGCAUCCUCCUUACUAUAGUUUUAGCUAUUCUGGCCAUCAUUUUGAUCUUUGCUUUUCGCUACCGAUGCAAGGCCAACAGAACCUGGGACUCGGUCCACCAGCAGACCAUGAGAGCCAUCAGUCGCCUGGAGACACGGACGUACACCUCUCAGGGCUGCGGGGGCUCACAUCGCCACCGUGGGGGCUGGGGGUCCAACAGCAGCUCAAACUCCAACCCCACUUGUGCCAUCUGCCUGGAGGAGUUCCUGGAUGGCCAGGAACUGCGAAUCAUCUCCUGUGGUCAUGAGUUCCACAAGGAGUGUGUGGAUCCCUGGCUGCUGCAGCACCGCACCUGCCCCCUCUGCAUGCGCAACAUAAUGGGUGCAGAUCUGUCCCCACAAGCCCAGAGGAGCAGAACACAGCAGAACCCUGAGCCCAGCCAGAGCUUCCUGCAGCCCUACCUGCAUGCCUUCCCCCAGCACCAGAUCCCCUUCUCCAUGAGGCCUUACUAUCCACCCGCCCCCUCUGGCGCCUACCCCUCCCUGGGCCACUACAACGGCUCCCCGCCCCUGGACCCCCAGAGUCUCCGUUUCCUCCCAAGCCGUCCCCUGGGCCCCGGGUGCAGGUACCUCCAUCCUACAGAGGUCCCCGGGAGGCCUCACAGGUCCACGGGCGGCUGCAGGACAGCGGGUCACUACGGCCCUGGGCCUCGCCGGUCCUGCUACGCCUACCGCUCCGGCUGCCAGGCCCAGCGCAGCGCCUCCAGCUCCAGGCUCCAGCACGGCCCGUCGUCUGCCCCCACGGCCCGCGCCGCCGCAGGGGGGACCCACGGCCGGGGGGACGAGGGGGGCAGCUGCUCCGGGGGGAGCUACCGGACGGAGCACAGCGGCUACCUGGCCGACGGUCCGGCCAGCGACUCCAGCUCUGGGCCCUGUCACGGCUCGUCCAGCGACUCUGUGCUGAACUGCACCGACGUGUCCCUGCAGGGUGUCUACGGCAGCCGGUCCACCUUCCGCAGCUCGCUGAGCAGUGACUACGACCCGUUUGUGUACUAUGGCCCGAGCCUGUCCGGCCGCAGGGACAGCGUGGAGGCUGGCGCCCAGAGGCCCCGAUCACUGGACUCGGUGGUGAACAGAGGAGCGGAAGGAGGUUGCCUGGAGGAGCAGCAGGCGGUGUUCAGCCACGUGCACUACCACCGCCACAGACACCACCACUAUGGAGAGGAUGGCGAGCACGGGCUGGGACCGGGCCGGGGGUCAGACGAGGAGCAGGGGGCUGCGGCCGCCGGUGGCCAUGGGUCUGGUGCUCCCGCGGCUCUGAGCCAGGACUCCUCGAUAUGCCCCCUGAAGCCCGGCCCCUGUCAGUGUCCCCAGGCAGACAGCGCAGGAGCCCCGGGGACAGAGGGUCCUGACCUGGCGCUCAGCCUCAGCCCACCUCCCGUCCUUGUUCCCCCGGUCCCAUUACCCCCGCCGCCCACGGCCCCCUGCUGCCACCAGGGCUAUGGUCAGGCUGGACACCCCCAUCGGAGGGCCGGUCGGCUCGGCGGCUGCGUCCACGACAGCCCCUCCGUGCGCUUCCACCAGAGCCUGGACCUCCAGGAUGACUGUAGCAUUCACAUUCACUACGGACAGAGCCCUGGGUACUGUUGUCCCCAGUCGGACCGGCCCCCAGCCCUGCUCCCGGUGCCCCUCAUCCUGGACUCUGGGGGGGCCCUGGAGGACUGGCCGUGCUGUGGAGGACCCCACCGGGUAGUGUGGCAGAAGCGGGUGCAGCAAGCCCACUCGGAGCCCCAGCUGUUGGGUCCUUUGGACAGGCCUCCGCCCCCGUGCGGCCGGCGCCACCACGGCCACCACAACAGCCCGGUGCACGACCGCAACAUAGACUUCUGUUUAUACUGCCAGACUUUACACAACAAUCAGGGAUCAGAAGAGGAGUCUGGUGUGUGAGGACUAACUCACAUCCCCAACAUCACGCUGCUACAUACACAGGAGCCGCAAUGGACAAACACAAUGCAUUAUUGGCGGCCAUCUUUUUAAGUCUUCAGAAUAAUUCCACAGUGAAUAUCUACAUUCAGACCACACUUCCCUGGAUCCCCCAGUCAGCGCUCAGAGUACCUUCUGUCUAGCAGAGAUCAAAAGGAGUCCGAAUAUUUUAAGAAAAACAUCGAUUAAACCAAGUAAAGAGAGUUUGAAAGUCUUGAAUGAUAAUAUGUCAAAGUGUUUAAUUCUAGAAUGUAAAUUUUUUUAAUUCUAGAAAAUCAACUGACUGGGAGAUCCUGGAGAAACCAGGCCUACAUCACAAAUGGGAAAUGUGUUUUUCUAAGUUUCACCUUGUUGUUUUGUUUUGUAAAUUACAGGAAGAAUUAAAUACCAACAUGAUAUUACAAGUUCCCAGGUUGCCUUAGUUAUCACACUGAAUGAUCGCUGCUCACGGCUUGAGCUUCUGUCCUCAGCAAAAAUCACCUCAGCCCUCUCCUUCACUGGAAAUAUCAUCUAGAUAGCUCAGCCAGAGGUUUCAUGCUCUGGUCAGCCUACCUCAAAACAGAUUCAGAAAUGUAUCCAUCAGCAGGGGUUUCACAAAGGUACUGAGAGCUACAGAACAGAGCAUUGAAGCUUCUCUCUGGGCAGUGUGCUCGUUGGGGGGAAUAAAACAAUUAUUUUGUUAGUUGGCAGUGUAAGCAGUGAUCAUUGUCUGUGAUAACUAGAAGCUGGAAUGGGGACUGUUGGUUAAUUCCAUAAUGGCAGCUGUUUUCAUCACAUUGUGUCUGUUUUAUAGUUCAGUCUGUCAUUUUGUUUUCACCAUUGAAAGAAAGAACCUGACUGACUGAAGUGUUAUUUUUACAAGCUAUUUUUUUUUUGCUAAUGUCAUUUACUCAUGUUGCCCAUGGUUACCUAUUACUUUUGACCUGAGUGUUGAUUUGGCGGCCAGUGAAGGUGGGUGGGGCCUUCCAGACAGACCUGGGUUCACGCUGUUUUUGAUAACUUCAAAAACAUCAAAUGUGUUAGAUUGAACUUUGUCUGGCUCCACACUACAUUUUUUGAAGUCCCAAAAGUCCCAAAACUUUUCACAUUUGGUGUGCUUGCAAGUCAGGCUGAAAUAUCCACAUUCCCAAACUAUGUGAAAUAUUUUAAAUAGUAUUUGAACCCAGGCAGGUCUGCCUCCAGAACAGCACACAGCGUGAGUGGAGCUUGGCUCGGCUCAGGAAGGACAUUCACCAUGUCGUCUGCCCGUCACCCCUGACCUUAAAUCCUGUGACCUUGUACACAACCCAAUCAGUGUCCACCAGCAAAGAUGUUUCCAUCUUUGUUCUUCCCAUCUACCAGCAGCAAAAGCUCACCAAUGGUGCUCUUAUCCUGCAACAUUGUAGCAAAAUAUUAAAAACCGAAUUACUAUGUAAUAACUGGAGGAAAGCCAUGAAAAGUAAUUUGAGGUUGGGGACAUUAUUCACUACAGAACAUACACAACAAAUCAAUCAAACAUGUGGCCUUAAAUCAACUUCAGUGAAUGUCAAAGAAAGCCUGGUGUCCUGAUCGGUCAGUUAAGCACUUUCCCCUGAUUUAAAAAAACAAAACACUGGAACAAUAUUAAAUGUGCAUAGUUCUACCCUACAUUAUAAUAUAAUGUAUAAUGACUGUAUAGGUGAAGGUCAGUGAGAAUGUGAAAGGAGACUACACUGAGUCUUAGACAUUAAACAUAAAAUUAAACAAUUAAAUAUACCUGUUGAUCCCCAGAGUAUUUACUAAAGAGUCAGUAGCACUUAUAACAACCGGUACAUUUAAUCUGACUGAGCUAUUAACAUUGGUUCGAUCAGUUUCUUCAAUCAAGCCAUGUGGAUUUCGUUUUCAAACAGGUUAGUUACUUCCUGUUGAUGGGUUGACAGCUGUUAUGAUCAUCUAUCGGAAAAUAAACUAAUACAUUAAGCUCGUUAUUUUACCAAAGAAACACAGUUUUGGAUGCAAUCACCCUGUACCUUAUAUUCAAUUCAAACCCAAACAAACUGCCCUGCCUAACAAGAAAAAUAAAAUAAUGAAAUGGUAUGUGGUCAACUUAGUGGACAAUCAUGAACUACACGCCCUUAUACAUGGUUUCCUCAAUUCUAAUGUGUUGUAGAGACCGAUUCUCUACCUAUUAAUUCAGGUUGUAUUUUUCUGUUGUAUGUUUAGUGUGGAGUAGAAUCCUAUGCUCUUUAGGUCAAACCAGACACAAUAAUGUCUCCCUUUUGAACAACAAUGAAACAUCUGUUUGGAUUUCAGGCUAGCCUGAGCUGAAAAUGACUGGAUCACUACCACAACCAGCACUUUGGCUUUGUUAAACCAUUUGUAACAGGAAACAUUUUAAGCAAGUAAUCAAAGCACUCAAAUUAUUACAAUGACCAGUAUAAGACAAUAUGACACUUAAAAAUCAAUGGAAUGUCCCUGAAACAUUUGGGGAGAUUUUAUUGUCCUCUUUAGGGUUCUUGUGUUUUUUGUUUAUUAUUUUGUUUGUUUUUUAAUGAGCUGAAACUGCCUUUUCUACUAGAGCCUAAUCCCUAUAGAAAUGGAAGGGAUCUGUCAGUAUAUUUUGGAUACUUUGUGUACAAACAGAGAAAGACAAAAACAUAAAUGAAAUAAAGUGUUGUAUUUUAUAUAUAAUAGAACAUUUCAAUAUGGUGAUGUCACUAAUAUAUUUAUUUACUAAUAUAUUUAUCCAUUUUUGUCCAGGUUCUGAAAAAUAAUACAUGGUCUCUGUAGAG